AUGGACUAUUUACUGAUUAUCAGCAUUGAUGAUAAUAACGUUGGCGGUGGUGGAGAUGAAGAGGUUGAUAAGCCAUCGUUCGUUCCCGUGCGCUAUAUCGUGGCCGCCAUGACUCUGUUGGCCGCACUCGACCUAUACAACAGCCGAUUCAACCUAAGCGUGGCAAUGGUGGCCAUGUCGUCGUUCAAUCGGACCCGUGCGGCCACUACUGCCGAAUCCGACGUGUGUGUGAACAACGGCCAACCCAUAGACUCAGUGCAAUCGCAUCAGACGGAUGGCGAGUUUGAUUGGGAUCCGCACACACAGCAAGUGAUUGUGUACUCAUUUUUCUACGGCUAUAUAUUGUUUCAUGUGGUGGGCGCCCGACUGGCCGAAAGGUUUGGUGCCAAAUGGCUGUGCGCUGUCAGUAUUGUGGUGUCUAUUGUGAUCAAUGUGUGUACGCCAAUGAUUGUCCGCUCACACGCCUAUUGGCUACUUUUGGCCAGUCGUGUAGUGCUGGGCGUUGGCCAGAGUUUAAUGUUUCCCGCGUGUUAUGCCUUAUUUGCCAAAUGGGUGCCCGAUUACGAGCGCAGUGUUAUCCUAUCAUUCCCGUUGAUUGGCAGCAAUAUUGGCACUAUUAUCACAUCAUCUCUGUCCAAAUACCUAACUGAGCAUGGUUUUGCAGGAGGGUGGCCAUCGGCAUUCUAUGUCCCUGCUCUAAUAGCGGGCGUAUGGCUGUUGUGUUGGGUGGUAACCAUCAAAAGCGAGCCUAAAGAUCACCCGUGGAUCUCGUCCCACGAGCUAAAUCACAUUCGCACAUAUAAUAGCCAUCAUAAACAUCAUGGUCAUCAUCACCAUAAACACCAAUCAGUUCCAUGGCUUCAAGUGCUCACAUCUAUGCCAGUCUUGGCUACAGUAGUGGUCAAAUUUGCCGUAAACUGGAUAUUUAUUUUGAUCACGUUUAAAAUGCCAUCGUAUUUGCAAACAGUGUUUGACUACUCGUCCGCACAGGGUGUUUUCUUGUUUGGCAUGCAUUCUGGCGGAGAUAUCCCUGUUAUUGCAGAUAUGACUACAAAAUACAUGGCCACUGUAUAUGCAUUAUGCGAAACGGUGGCCCUGACCUGUGCCAUACUUACGCCAUUGACCAUCGAUUGGCUGAUAGAUACGGAUGAGCUGCACGUACGGCAACAGUGGUCGUACAUGUUCUACGGGUCGGGCGCUAUGGCUGUUGUGGGGGGUCUAGUGUUCGCCGCAUUUGGUUCAGCCGAACGCCAGGAGUGGGACAAAAAUAACGCAAAUUCUGAUACUAAUAAUGGCAUAUAUUUGCAUAGAAUUUAA